AUGCAUCCCUCUUUGGCGGUGGGGCUGGUCUUUGGGGGGUGCUGCAGCAACGUGGUUUUCCUGGAGCUGCUGAUCCGGGAAUAUCCAGGAAGUGGGAAUUUGAUUACGUUUUUUCAGUUCUUCUUCAUCGCUUUGGAGGGUUUCAUCUUUGAAGCCAAUUUUGGAAGGAAACAGCCCACAAUUCCUAUCAGGUUCUACCUCAUUAUGGUGGGCAUGUUUUUCACCGUCAGUGUGGUGAACAACUACGCUCUCAACCUCAACAUCGCGAUGCCCCUUCACAUGAUCUUUAGAUCGGGCUCUCUGAUAGCCAGCAUGGCGCUCGGGAUCAUCAUUCUGAAGAAGAGGUAUACUGUCUCCAAAUACAUCUCGAUAGCUUUGGUCUCUCUGGGCAUUUUCACCUGUACUCUCACGUCAGCCCAAGAACUGAGCUCUGUGCCGGGUGCGAGUGAAGACGAGGAGGAGAGCAUCUCUGCCUUUCUCUGGUGGCUUCUAGGAAUCGCGGCUUUGACCUUUGCCCUCUUCAUGUCAGCCCUGAUGGGGAUUUUCCAAGAAACCAUCUAUAAAAAGUUUGGAAAACACUCCAAGUAAGCUUUGUUCUACAAUCACGCCCUUCCUCUUCCAGGAUUUCUCUUUCUGGCUCCGGAUAUUUACAGGCAUGGAGUUCUCUUCAGUCAAACCAGACUCGUCCAAGUGCCGUUGGUUGGGAUCAACCUACCCAUCAUGUGGCUGUAUCUCCUGAUGAACGUCGUAACUCAGUAUCCUUUUUUUUGGGGGGGAAGACACCUAGCAGACAGUAACGGUGAGGUUGAGGCUCAGCCGACAUUCCUGAGUUCUCUACAGUAGUGGUCAAAAUUGUGGAAACCUUUUGGGAAAAGUGUAUUUUUGAGGUUUGACAGCUAAUAACG